GUUCCUCUCACUGUGUGCACUGAGGCAACUGUUGCUGCUGUGAAGGACUUUGGCAGUGUGGGAGGUCGAAGUGUGAGGAAAAUCAUCCUGAUUGAUAACAGAGAGGAGGCAGUGAGGGCCAUGCAGGAAGCAUGUGACAGGCUUCUCCAAGGGAUAGAUACACCUGAUGAAGAUAAAGCAAGAGGAGCCACUGCCAGAGCUCCUGGAGGCAGAGUCCACAUGGAGGUUAUUCAGGGAUCGAUCGAGAGCCAACAGGUGGAUGCUUUGGUGUCUCCUAUGGUUGGCCAUGAUCCUCUCUCUACCCGUGUUGGAAAUACUUUGUUUGAAGUAGCUGGACCACAGCUGACCACAAGGUUUAGAAAGGAAGCAGAAGAUGAAAGAGACCCUGGUGACUCAGUACUGCUGGAGGGCUUACCUGGACUUCAGUCUAAUGCAGUCUUCUUCCUCAAUCUUGUUCCCUUUGAUGGUGACCCAGAUGGAGAUGCAGUCCAGGUUCUUCGAAUGGGCAUCAAAAAGAUCCUGUCUUCCUGUGAGAAGAAAGGAUUCAGAUCUGUUGCUCUUCCUGUCCUCGGUGCUGGGAUGGCCCUGCAAUUUCCUGUCAGUGUAGUGGAGAGAGUUUUAAUGGAGGAAGUUCAUGUAUUUGAAGAGGAGCGGGUGGGAAUCACACCAUUCCUGAUCCGCAUCGUCAUUCAAUCUAAUGAUCAGGAGAGACACGAGGCAUCUGAUGUUGUCCAAACUGACAAAUUCACUCAAAAGGUCCACAAUCUAGGUGCUCCUGGGCCUCAUGCUUUUCUCAUUGUGCUUCGAGUGGAUAAAUUCACAGAGCACGAGCAGGCUGUCGUCACUAAGAUAGUUCAGUAUUUCUCAGAUGAAGCUCUAAAAUAUGCUGUCGUUGUUUUCACUCACGGUGAUCAGCUUGACAAAAAUAUGAAAAUUGAAGAUUUUGUCAGUGAGAACAAAAAUCUGAGUGAUCUGGUGUCAAAGUGUGGUGGUCGGUGUUACGUAUUUGAUAACAAACACUGGAACAACAACCAGCCAAACAACUACAGGAGCAACCAGUUCCAGCGGGAGGAGUUGCUAAAAACAAUAGAAAAAAUGGUGGUGGAAAAAAACGGAGGUUACUACACAAAUAAAAUGCUGCAACAUUUGGAGAUGGCAAUUCAGAAACAGGUAGAGCACAUUAGACACUCAAUGCCAGACAAGACUGCAGAAGAGAUCAGAAACCAUGCUAAAACUGAUGUGUGCAACAGGUUUCUGAUCCAACUGACAGGGAUUGCAACAGGAGGUUUGCUCGGUGCUUUUUUUGGUGUAGCAGCAAUGGUUGGAUUAGCUGUCACAGCCAUGAAAAACUUAAUGUUAAUGAACGCUGUAAAAAAGGCUCCAGCAUUAAUGGGAGUGUCGUCAGCAGCAGCAGGACAAACAGCAUUAGUAGUCGCUGGAGCCACAGGUCUGGGGGCAGCAACAGCAGGAGGAGUAUAUGGUGGCUUGCUUGGAUAUGAAGCAGCUAAUGAUGCUAAGUCACCAUCAGAAGCUGCACAGAGAACAUAUGAGGCUAUAGUGGAGAAAGGAAAGUCUUUUAUCCGGUUUAAGUGAGAUUUUUUUAAUAAUUAUUAUCCAGGUAGUGGAAGGGAAAAAAGUAUCUUAUUAUUUCUUGAUGUCUUUACACUACACAUAUUAGUACUACAUACAUCGAAGAAAACAUUUUAAUUAUCUGGAGUCAGGUUUGUUGGCAAUUAGCUGAAAAGAUGAGAAACCAGGCUAAAACUGAUGUGAUGUGAAUGAUCUAAAUGACAGGGACUGAAACUAGGCCUUUGCUAGGGUUUUUUUGUGAAGAACCCAGAACCGGUGAAUGUUUCAACAAAGCGUUUCACAUCAGCACAUGUGCCAGCUGCAGAAGAUCAAACAACACUAGUAGCUGGAGCAGUAGGCUUGGUGGGAGCAGCAGCAGCAGCAGGAGGAGGUGUAAUGGGAGGUGUUUGGAAAUGAAGCCGCUAAG